GGGCGCUCCCUUCACGAUGCAGACGCGACCUGAAGCUCGCCGCCCGUCAUAUUUAACCCAUGUGCUAAUCCUACAGGACGCUUUGCAAGUUAUUUGCUGACAUUCACCGGAGCAUACAUGCCCUAGUGCUUAUGCCAACGGUUCUCCCGCUUCCAUAGCCAGACACCUGCAUCCCACGACACCCUCCCAUAUGCAGAGGAGAUCAUCUUAAAGCUCAGUUGCCCUUGACCCUUUUGCAACUUCUUCAUGCCUCCUCCGUCCGUACCCACGGGCCCGUCCCGUAUAUCAGGCUUUCCGAUAUCGAAUGGAUAUGCCCAGCUACCAGAGAUCUUUCUGUUCGUCCUUGUUGUUGCAAGCUGUAUAAGAUGUGGAGUGCUAUAUUGCACCAGAAGAAAGAGACGGGUAAGAAAGCAAUGCCAGCAAGCUCAAGAGAAGAACCGGACAUCAUACCCUAUCCCUCCAGAGAAAGAUUCAAGACGGUUUCAAAUUUCUUCGGAGAGCUUCACAACGCCACCUUCUUUCAAGCCCAUAUAUCCCUGGAAAACUCCACCACAGCCUCUCCCAGGACCAUAUGAUCCACGAUUAUAUCCUCUCCCAACAAUACGUCGACACUCAGACCCAGAUCCCUCGCCGGAGUCCCUGGAUCAAACCACAAUAUCCUAUUCUCGUCGCGUCUCAACAAACAGCAUGCCAGCCCGCCAAUACACCCUCCAAGGCACAAUCACCACCGCCAACAAUGGUACCUCCGGCUGGCGGCGCAAUCAAUGGGUAGUCUCGGGAGGAUGAUUCGAGCGAUUCCUUAUCAUCUGACCCAAGCCAGCCAGCUCACCACGCCAAUCCUGCAAACCGGCUCCAAAAGUCUGACAACAUUC